AUUUCGUCCUAUUUGGGACUUGUCGUCUGGAUGUACCUGCAUUUCUGAGUGAGUGAUGAUGUUCUCACCGAGGCUCGAACCCACUACCCAGCACAAUAAGCCGACAUUUCAACCUGGGACCGAGCCAUUCGGUUUAAUCAAUCGACGGGGAAAUCUCAAAUUCAAUAAAAUCUCCACUUUCUUUUAUUUUCUGCUCUCCUCUUCAGCUGGGACCAUGAUUGCCCAUAAUCUCUCAUCUGCUCUUCGCCACACGAUCUCCUCCAUGUCAUCAGGUGGAAAUCGCAAAAUCCUUUUUAAAAUUAUCGAUAGAAAAAAUAGUUCAAGUCUCCUCAAGUUUGCAGAAGGAUUGUCUAUCAAACGCUGAUAUUAGCAGUUAUCAG